UUUCACAGAAAUAAUGCUGAUAUUGGGAACUCAUGUCGCACGUCUAUUUAGAGAAGGCCACAAUGAUAGCCGCAGGCGAAUUGCAUUCGUUUGUUCCGUUCGGUCGUGAGCAGUGCAAAAAUCACCUGAAAGCCGCGAAUCUCCAGCUGCGGCAGCUCCAGCCAGCCUCCGAGCUCUGGUCCUCUGACGGGGCGGCUGGACUCACAGGAUCCCUUCAGGAGGUCACUCUACAGGAGCUUGAGAAGGAGCACUGGCAGCUGAGGAAGGGAGCUGCUCCUGAUGAGGUUGAAUAUGAGGAGGAGCUGUAUGUGGCUGGAAACAUGGUCAUAUGGAGUCGUGGCAGUAAGAAUCAAGCCUCAUAUGUGUAUAAGGCCUUCACGGUGGACACCCCAGUUCAGCAGGCUCUAUAGUGUACUUUCACUGUCCCUCAGUCUAAAAAGGAUGUUGAGGAUGUUGUGGAGCAGACGGUGUGUAUUGUUCAGAGCACCUGUGUGAAUGUCCACAGCAUGAGUGGGAAAGACUUCAUAUCUCACCUGCCAUUUCAGGUCUCCACUCUCUGGUCAACAAAGUUUGGCCUGCUUUUAGAGCAUAAAAAUAUUACAGUUGAUUGCCACAUGAGCCCCAUCAGGGAACCUCUCCCGACUUUGUUCAGCAUGCUGCAUCCGCUAGAUGAAAUCGCUCGUUGUAAGUCCACUGGUCUCUUUGAGUGCCUUCUCCAGUAUGUUUCAGACAGCGCUCUGAGAGUGGUGUUCACCUGCCACGGGCCCUCCAUUAUCAUGACGUACGACACACAGCAGUGCACACACACCGUCUGGACCCUGUGCAGAGUCACACCUGAGGAGCAGGUCACUGUAUUAAAGUGUCCAGACCAGGCCGGGCCAGUUCACACUCCCAAUGCAGCCCCCAGCUUCCUUAGCACCCACCUGAGAAACGUGACCCGGCUGGACUCGCCCGCCUUACCCCUUCACUGCCACGCCCUACACAACCAGAGCCGUAUGUAUUCCACUGUAUGGAAAUUUGCUGUAGGCAGUAGAAGUUUUAUAUGAAAAGUUGAUUUAAAUACACUAUCAUUCAAAAGUCGGGCUCGUUCACUUGGCAUCGCCGUGCCCUCCUUCUCUGGAGCUCAGUGCUUCAACAUGCCAUGCCACACGCCGUCCCCACGAGGCCACAGCUUCCUGGCCUCACCCAACAGCACCCUGAAUGAUACAGCCCUGCUUCCAGAAAUGGAGCCAAUUCUUCCCGACCUCUGCAUUGAGCAGCUGUGGACAGAAACCAGCGCUAUCUCCAGGGAGAAAGGCGGCCAGUCCUCUAAAGUCUUCAUCACCUCUGACCUGGUCGAGUCUCACCAGCAGCUCAGGUGUGUCAAAUUUCUGGAGAGCAAUGAAACUUCUCAACUGAUAGUUGCAUCAGUGACCGUCAUCAAAGCAAAAGAUGCUGCCCCUCUUGAGGACAUUCAUAUCAUGCUGGUGCUUGAGGCCAAUGGAAGUCUGGUCUUGUACACAGGGGUCACACGGGUCAGCAAAGUAUUUAUCCCUGGCCUUCUGUGUCCUACCUUCAGUGUGCAAAGCCACCAGCCGCAGUUAAGCACCCCUCUGGAGAACAUCAGCACCCCUGCCAGGGCCACAGUUCAGCAUAUGAGCCGGCUGGAGGAGGUUCGCAGCUCGACACACCACCAUGAGUCAUCCCGGCUGGAAGACCCUCCCUUCCAGCAGGCCGCACCUCACAUCCACAGCUUCAGAGACCCUGUCAGCAACAGUCACGCUGUCAAGCGUUGCCUGCAGGCCAUCAGGUUUAUUUUACCCAAGGACACUGCCAUGAAAGUGCUGGUCAAGUGGUACAACAGUUACAACGCCCCUAGAGGUCCCAGCAUGCACCUGGAGUGGAACCUGGACCUUCAACUGGAGGAUUUCAUUGAUCUGUACUGGCGCGAUUACCCCUCAUUCAUCAAAACCUUCAAGGAGGCCUGCGUGAUUGAUCAAGCUCAGAUGGCCCGUGCUCCUGGACGGGGAAGCCCCGUGUGUGUUCAGCUGGCUCAGUCGCUGUCUGAGAGGGCAGAGCAGCGUGAAGCCGCUCCUUCAUCUGGAUGCCUGGCUGAGAAGCUGGUGCUGUGGUUGACCUCUGCAGGAUUUACAUUGAAGGAUCUGGAGUCGGUUCCGUUUGGUGUGGCUCUGCCGAUCAGAGACGCCAUCUACCCAUGCAGAGAGCAUCCCUGCUCUGAUUGGUCUGAGGAGGUCUGCCCUCUGAUUGGGCGACAGGACCUGACAAAACAAGCUCACAAAGUGACCCUUGCCAAUCGUAAAUCGAGCUCCAGACCUGUCCGGGUCAAUGUGCCCCACUUGCCUGAAAUCAGUGAUCUUGAGUGCAUAGAGGAGAAAGAGAACAAGCUGCUGCAGUUGUGCCAGCGCACCAUGGCUCUUCCGGUGGGACAGGGACUCUUUACUAUUUUCUCUUACCAUCCUGUGCCAACUGAACCACUUCCUAUGCCCAAACUCAACCUGACUGGCCGCGCUCCUCCCAGGAACACUGUGGUGGACCUGAAAAGCGGUGACAUCGAUGUGCCGCCCAACAUGACCAGCUGGCCCAUCUUUCAUAACGGAGUGGCGGCUGGUCUUAAGAUCGCCCCUGCCUCUCAGGUGGAAUCUGCCUGGAUUGCAUACAACAAACCCAAAAGUGCUGACCUGGCCAAUGAAUACGCCGGUUUCCUCAUGGCCCUGGGCCUCAAUGGCCACCUCACUAAACUAGCAACCUUUAAUAUCCAUGACUACCUCACCAAGGGUCAUGAGAUGACGAGUAUUGGGCUGCUGUUGGGUGUUUCUGCUGCCAGACUGGGCACCAUGGACAUGUCCAUCACCCGUCUGCUAAGCAUCCACAUUCCCGCGCUGCUGCCGCCCCCCUCCACCAAGCUGGACGUGCCUCACAGCGUGCAAGUGGCUGGUGUGGUUGGCAUUGGCCUGAUUUACCAGGGCACCGGCCACCACCACAGUGCAGAGGUGUUGUUGGCAGAGAUCGGACGUCCACCUGGUCCUGAGAUGGAGUACUGUAUGGACAGGGAGUCCUACUCCCUAGCAGCAGGACUCGCACUUGGCAUGGUCUGCUUGGGACAUGGCAGUAACCUGAUCGGGAUGACCGACCUGAACGUGCCCGAGCAGCUCUAUCAGUAUAUGGUGGGAGGUCAUCGACACAUGCAUGCUGGCAUCAACAGAGAGAAACACAAGUCUCCCAGCUAUCAGAUCAAGGAGGGUGACACUAUCAAUGUGGACGUGACCUGUCCUGGUGCAACACUUGCCCUAGCCAUGAUUUACCUGAAAACAAACAAUAGGUCUAUAGCUGAUUGGCUGAAAGCCCCGGACACCAUGUUUCUGCUGGACUUCAUCAAGCCUGAGUUUUGGCUGCUGAGGACGCUGGCCAGAUGUCUUAUCAUGUGGGACGAGAUCUUUCCCAAUGCCGAAUGGGUGACCAGUAAUGUGCCUCAGAUCAUCCAAGAAAACAUUGGAAACCAGGAGCAGACAUCCAUCUCUGAGGAUCUUAACAUGGAGACCUUAGUUCAAGCUCAUGACUAUAUAAUUGCCAGAGGCUGCCUGGCUCUGGGAUUCCGGUUUGCUGGAUCUGCAAAUUCAGAUGCUUUUGACUGCUUAUACAAAUUUGCCAGAAACUUCAUGCAGUAUCUGACGACCUCUACGGCUACUGUGACAGGGCAGUAUAACCUGCAGACGUGUUUAAGCAUGGUCCUCCUGGCGGUUUCAAUGGUGAUGGCCGGUUCAGGGAACUUGAAAGUCUUGCAGCUGUACCGCUUCCUCCACAAACGCACCUGUGGCGAGAUGAACUAUGGCUUUCACAUGACCCAUCACAUGACUCUAGGCCUGCUCUUCCUGGGUGGAGGGAGGUACACACUCAGCACCUCCAACUCCGCUAUCACUGUCCUCCUUUGUGCACUUUAUCCUCAUUUUCCUGCACACAGCACAGACAACAGGUAUCACCUCCAGGCGUUGUGCCACCUGGCUGUGCUCGCAGCUGAACCUCGUCUGCUGGUGUCUGUGGAUGUAGACACUCUCAAACCCUGCUACGCUCUGCUAGAUGUCACCUACAGGGAGACACAGUGGUAUGAAGAGACGACCAUGGAGUUGAUGGCUCCCACCAUGCUGCUUGAACUUCACCUUCUGAAACGGAUUAAGGUAAAAGGUCCAAGAUAUUGGGAGCUGAACAUCGACAUCAGUAAAGGAACCCAACAUCUGCAAUCCAUCCUAUCCAAAGACGGCGUUCUGUAUGUGAAGUUGCGCGCCGGACAGCUGCCCAACAAGGACGACCCUCAAGGCUGUAAGAGCUUACUGGCCCCCAACCUCAAAAACAGAAGCGCUGAAGUGCGCACUUUUAAGCCCGAGGCCAUGUCAACCUUCACCUCAGACGCAGCUCUGGUCUCCUUCGCCGAGUACUUCUGCAGAGCCUCGGAAAACAUGAAGCAUAAGCAGGAGACCGUGGCGUUACUGUCAGCAAUUCUGUAUGAAUGUGUGACUCAGGAAUAGCCUGAAAUGCUGCCAACACACAUCUCUACUGACCAGGCUUCGUAUGGUAAUGAAAAACCUGGAAAAGUCCUGAAAUGUUAA